AUGUGCACUACCUUCUUCUUGCUCAGCACGUUGGCCCUGCUCUGUCGUCACCUAUGUGCCAACCGGGUGGAACCAGAGCCCAGCAGUGUGGAUGGGGAGGUGGUCAGCACCGGCUUGGACCCAGACCACCAGGCAUCCGGCAGGGAGAAAGAACCUCUGAAGUAA